AUGUCCACCACCAACGCCAAAAUCAACACGCUCACGUCUCGCAUAACGCAGCCGUCGUCGUCGUCCCGCCCAAGACGGCACGACGAUGACCACUCCGACCUCGACGACGAGGCGCUCUUCGCGCAGCUCGAAGAGGAGAUCGAGAACGACUCCAACGUCGCGCUCAGGGAGCAGGGGAUCCAGCGGCUGAAGGCAGAGAUGGAGCGUCUGCAGCAGAUGAAGUCGAGUGGACACGGACGGUACGAAGAGAUCACCGACGAGAGGGAGGUCAUCAGAAUCACUGCGAACGAGAAGCGGUGCAUCAUCCACUUCUUCCACACUGACUUCACCCGAUGUCAGAUCAUGGACAAGCACAUCGCGGCCCUCGCACCGAAGUACUUCGGCACGCGUUUCGUCCGCGUAUUCGUUGAGAACGUCCCAUGGCUCGUGGAGAAGCUGGGAGUCAAAGUCCUCCCAUGCGUGAUCUGCUUCGCAGACGGAGUGACGAAGGAUCGGCAAGUCUCCUCAUUAUCCAGGGCCGCACACGUACUAACGAGCAGUAGACUGAUCGGGUUUGAAGACCUGGGCAAUGACGACAAGUUCGAGACGGCGACGCUCGAGUGGCGUCUGCUGAACAGCGGGAUAUUGGUGAAAGAGCAGCAGGGUGCUAAUAUCGUGUAUGGCGCAACGCCCACCGUACGACAGCAAAUAAGAGGACGGCAAGACGACGACUCCGAUUUCGAUAUUGAUGAUUGA